GUAGCGGCCACGUGAAAUUGUUAAAAACGUGGCGCGGUACAGUGCACGGUGUCCGGUCUAAAUGAAUGGAAGCGAUGCAUUUAUUUUAAUUUUUUUGUUUUUACUUCUUCCAUUUUAAUUGGCCAAGGAUUGUGCGUCGUCUCCGUCCGGUUGAAUUCGUCCGGCGACCAACGUUGACGGUAGUUUCACGUUGAAAGCUGUUGUACGUUUGCCGUACUGUAUUUCCGUAUACCCACGUUGGCCGUCGUUUCUUGCCGGUCGGUUGUAAUUCGUCUUAAUUGUCAAUUAUUUUGGUCGCUUCCCUUAAAAGAAUAUAUAUAGAGGCUGCUGUUUUGCAAUGGCGGUCACGAAAAGAAAACCUCCUACCCAGGACAAUUCGUCGAAAAUUGAAAAUGUCAAGGUUCUGUCCAGGUCACGUGAAACCAGUCGGCAGGGAGAGCGGAGAGGAGGCGAGGGGAGAGAGACGUCAAGCGUGGCGGGAGGGAGUACUCUGAGGCCGCUGUCAUGCCUCCUGUCUGUGGGAAAAUACGCGCUGUUCCUCCUCUUUCUGCCGCCCUUCCUCAACUACGCCUCUCUGCAGAGAGAGGCCAAGAUGCUGAAGCCAGCAGGGGAGGUGCUUGACAUCGGGCUGGGCCAACAGCUGUACAUGAGCUGUCUAGGAAGCGGCGUUCCAGUCGUUUUGUUUGAUGCACCAGCGGGGAUGUCUUCCGACAUCUGGAUUGCAAUGCAGAAAGAGCUGUCCUCAAUGACCAAGGUGUGCAUAUAUGAUCGUGCCGGAAUUGGUUUCAGCAGCCGCGCUAUUCCAAACGACACCACGGGGAUGGAGAAAGUCUGGAAAAUGUUCACCACCGGCAGGAUGGUGGACGACCUGCACAGGCUGGUGCUCGAGGCAAAGCUGGCGCGACCUCUCGUCCUCGUCGGCGCCCAGCUCGGCGCCCUCAAUGCACGCUUCUACAGCCACAUCUACGACUCGGAAGUGUCAGACCUCGUCCUCAUUGACCCGCUCACAGAGGAGCUCUUCCAAGAAGAUCCUUGGCUUCAGUAUUGGAACGGACAGCUCGUGCCCUCUCUGCAGAUGUUGCACUUGUCGGCUGCCAUGGGCCUGAACCGGCUGGGUCUCAUCACUGGCCUCAUGCAGCAGCCUUUGACGGGCGCCGAUGUCACCGACGACGUGGUCAGCAGACAGAAGUUCCUGCUGUGCAGUCCGCCACACAUGAGCGCGGCCGUGGAGGAGCACUUCCUCGUUAACGAAAGCUUGGCUCAAGUCAGCGACAUCAUGCAGUUCAAACCGCUACCGUCCCGCAUUAACGUGACGGUGAUCAAUGGGAAUUACUACGAUGAGCUGCUGCCAGGCACCGUUAACAAGGUGUUUACUCAGGCGCAGCAGCAGCUCGUAUCCAGCAUCGCCGCCGCGGCCCGGCACGUGGUGGUGGACGGGGCAGACCGGCACGCGGCCCACAGGAACCCGCUCGCCCUCGCUCGCCCCAUCGCCCAGCUCGUGCACAGACGGCAGGCCAGCCAAAAGUCGCUCUGAGCUGCGGCUCGGAUGAUUGCUACCGAUUUAAGCCGAUUUGAAAUCGACUCAGGGUUGUAAUUGGCGGCCCCCUUAUCGGUGGUCGACUACUUGGGGCCCUAUUUUGUAAAUGGCUGCCGUCCAGAUGUCCCUCGCCUACCCGAAGGUGGGAAACCCCCUAUAAAGCCACGCCCAGCUUGAUGCGGAUAAUGUCACCAAGCCCUGCCCAUUACCUCCUAUUCAGUUUUUAUGUUCUUGAGCACCAGUGGUGAUAUAGCCCCACAUUUUUUUUAUUUGAUUUUAAACAUCUGUGAAUCAAGAUGUUUGAAAUACCAUUUAGAAAGUAAUAGUAUAAUCUUGGAAAGUACCCAUGUAGGUUUUAGCAGUUGUGCCAUAUAGGCUGCCCGAUGUUCUUAUUCGAGUUGUACCUCGCGGACAACCUGAAAACACAUCGUAGAGCUAAACUCGCUGAAAGAGCUAAUUGUCUUUUCUACAAAUAGCCCUGCAUGGAUUUUGUUACAUUUAUUUCUCACGGCGCAAUAGAUUUUAACUCUGUGGUGCACCAUGUCCUGGGUCAGCAAAAAUCUGCCUUGGGCCUCCCGUUGAAGGUCAUGAAUAUUUUACGACAACUAAAUCUUGCAGCUAGUUAACUAUUCUUUUUGGGAUCACGUUUAAUAUUUAACGGCCCCUGGCCUUGUUUACACCUUGCACAUAUGGUUAACGUAAAAAAACAAGGUUAGAUGUUCCCUUGCGAAGAAUGUCCUCUCUCUCAGUGGCACGAGCACCGUGCCCUGGGUUUAUUCUCACCUUGGACCCAACACGUGACACGUGUGAUAAUUGAUGUUGAUGAAAUGUAUUGCUGAGCGUGGAAUAUUCGGUGUGAGUUUUUUUUUUAAGUAAUAGCGUUCAAGAUGUGCUGUAUAAGGCUACCUUUCCACAAGCAGGGAUGAAUAAAGUGUAAAAUAUGA